GUCACAGGACCCCGUGAUAAUUUCGCGUUCCACUUUUACGCGCGGUUAUGCUUAUCGAUAGAGUCCAGCAAACCAACUCCAGGCAGACACCGUGUUUUCCAGUGGUGUGUGCUUGCUCCACUCCAUAUAUUUCACUUUCCAAGCACCAACCCCUUAGGCCCGUGGGACAGCCUUACGCUUCAUCGUGCUCCACCAUACCCGAUACCUGUUAAAAGGAUACCUGAGAUGCUCUUCUACAGGCACAAUUAGCAGAAACGCAAGGCAAGUACUCUUUUGCUACGAGAAGGAAGAUGCCUCGUGGGAAAAAGGCAACGAGUGACUCCUUACAGCCUUCUUCAUCGUUGCCUAGGCGCACUUCUUCACGACUAGCUCGAGCUUCGUUUGCCGCCAGCCAGAAGAAGGUUGAGGAUGACAGCGGGCAAUUUAACCCCGUAGGGUCACACCCUGGUCCUUGUUCGAAUUCUUUUGAGGUUGCUAUUCCGCUAAAGAAUGUCGUAUCACGUUAUACCUCCUCAUCAUCCACUUCGACGGAGGAAAAUUCAGGAGAUGGGACGAACGAGUAUAAUACUCCCGCAACCAGUGUAGCCGUCACCCCUAUUGAAUCGGCUAUAAAGUCAAGAAAGCGGAUCAGCGCUUCUACUCGAGCCCGGGAAUUACGCUCAAGUGCAUAUUCUCUUAGUAAUACUCAGAGAGGUGUCAAACGAACUUCUACUGCGAUGUCUGUUGAUAACAGCAAGACCGAAGAUUCGGAUGCAGCCCUGGCCCGGGUUCUUCAGUUGAAGGAGUACCAAAGCCCAAAGCGGCAAAAGCCUAGCAGAUAUAACUCUAACAUUGAAGUUCAAGUUUCAGGUGAUGAUUGUUGCCCAUUAACUGAUGCAGAUGAAAUCGCUGAAAUGGCAAGAGAAGACCGAACACAACGGCAGCCGCAUCCUGGAAGGAGUGUCUCUCUUGCAGCAACCGGGAGGACAGUCAUUCCAGACAGCGAGGAUUUCUAUUCAUCUGAUGAACUUAAAGACGGACUGAUGGAUGCUUACGAACUUAGUUCUGACUCCUCAGCAAGCGACUUUGACUCCCCAUUAAGCGACCUUCCAUCCUCAGAAGAUGGCGAGCCGCUGGUUUCACAACUACCAGAAGACAGAAACAAUUCAAUAACCAGACGUCGAGCACUGUCAUCAAGAUAUUCUGCGCCUAACCGUCCACUCCCCCCGGGGAUGAGCCGCCGGGCUGCGAGAGAACGAAGGAAACUUGAGAUACAGCAUCCACUUGUCACAUCAAUGUGGGAUGAUUUAAAGAAGACUCCCCCUAUCAAUCCAGUGGCAGCAGAGCAGCCUUUAGGUAUCUCGCGGAAGCUGAAGUCAUAUCAACUCGAGGGCUUGAAUUGGAUGAUACAGCAAGAGAAUACGUGUUACAAAGGAGGGCUUCUAGGUGACGAGAUGGGUAUGGGGAAGACAAUCCAGGCUGUUUCUCUACUAAUGUCAGAUUACCCUGCUGGCAAACCGUCACUUGUUGUUGUGCCUCCAGUUGCACUAAUGCAAUGGCAAUCCGAAAUCAAGGAAUACACCAAUGGCCAGCUGAAGGUUCUUGUGUAUCACAACUCUAAUUCAAAGGUCAAGCUCCUCACGAAAAAGGACAUUGAGAAAUAUGACGUAAUAAUGAUAUCCUACUCUGGUCUAGAAUCAAUUCAUCGGAAAGAGUCCAAGGGAUGGGUCCGUAAUGGCAAAAUCGUUAAGGAAGAUAGUGUUAUACACUCCAUCCACUAUCAUCGACUUGUUCUUGACGAAGCGCAUAGCAUUAAGCAACGUACUACAAGUGUAGCUCGUGCCUGCUUUGCUUUAGAGGCGAACUACAAAUGGUGUCUUUCUGGAACGCCCGUGCAAAAUCGAAUUGGGGAAUUCUUCUCCCUUCUUCGUUUUCUUCAGGUCCGCCCGUUCGCUUGCUACUUCUGUAAAGAAUGCAAAUGUGAGAGUCUCCACUGGUCGCAGAAUGCAAGCAAGAGAUGCAAUAGUUGUGGGCAUAGUGGGUUCAGCCAUGUGUCAAUAUUCAACCAAGAGAUCCUGAAUCCCAUCACCGAAAGAUUUAACAACAGGGCUCGGGAGGAAGCACUAUCGAAGCUGCGCCUCAUAACGGAUAGAAUAAUGCUUAGGCGGGUGAAGCAAGACCAUACCGCAUCUAUGGAACUCCCGCCAAAACGUGUUAUUCUGCACAAUGAGUUCUUUGGUGAAGUUGAACGUGACUUCUCGAGAAGCAUUAUGACAAACUCUACUAGACAGUUCGAUACAUAUGUGAGCCGUGGUGUGAUGUUGAAUAAUUAUGCGAACAUCUUCGGUCUUAUCAUGCAAAUGCGUCAAGUUGCAAACCAUCCGGAUUUGAUUCUGAAGAAACAUAGCGAAAGUGGGCAGAAUGUCCUUGUUUGCAGCAUCUGCGAUGAGCCCGCGGAGGAAGCGAUUCGAUCUCGCUGUCACCACGAGUUUUGUCGACAAUGUGCAAAGGAUUACAUUCGCUCUUUUGACGCUGGUUCUAUAGCGGACUGCCCGCGGUGUCAUAUCCCUCUUUCGAUCGAUUUUGAGCAGCCAGAUAUCGAGCAAGAGGAAGAGUACGUGAAGAAGAAUUCGAUCAUUAACAGAAUCAGAAUGGAGGAUUGGACGUCUUCUACUAAAAUCGAGAUGCUUGUUUACGACCUCUACAAGUUACGAAACAAGAAGCAAACCCUAAAGUCCAUAAUCUUUUCUCAAUUCACCUCAAUGUUGCAGCUUGUCGAGUGGCGCUUGCGGAGAGCCGGUUUCAACACAGUCAUGCUAGAUGGUACAAUGACACCAGUGCAGCGUCAGAAGUCGAUUGACCAUUUUAUGAAUAAUGUUGAUGUGGAAAUCUUCCUCGUUUCCCUGAAGGCAGGAGGGGUUGCCUUGAAUUUGACGGAGGCAUCCCAGGUGUUCAUUGUUGAUCCGUGAGUACCUUUAACCCCGAAAAUUGCUUCCCUUUUUUUUUUCGCUGAUGUCCGUUACCCAGAUGGUGGAACCCCGCGGCUGAGUGGCAAAGCGCGGAUCGAUGCCAUCGAAUUGGUCAACGACGGCCCUGCGUAAUCACUCGGCUCUGCAUAGAGGACUCAGUUGAAUCCCGAAUUGUUCUGCUUCAGGAGAAAAAGGCCAGCAUGAUCAGAGGCACCAUCAACAAAGACCAAGGAGCAGCUUUGGAAAAGCUUACCCCGGAGGAUAUGCAGUUUUUGUUCCGGGGAUCGUGAAAUGCUUCUGAUAACAUGGGUGAUUUACCAAGGGCAUGUUUGAUUGAAGUGUUUUCACUUAUGCCUGGUAACGGCUAGAGGGCUUCGCACCACUCCAUAGAACUUCCAUAAAUACAACUACAGUGAUGAACUCCGGAUGGGUAAUGGCUCAUACAACGUAAGUUAUGAUUUAUACUCGCUGUCAUCAAACGAGCAUGGAACACGUAUACUGUUCUUGGCUAGGAUGCGC